AUGGAAAAUAUUACAAAUUCAUUACCAAGACGUUACUUGUGGAAGAUUGAAUCAUUUUCGUUGCUCUCAGAAAAUGGUACUUCAAAGUAUGAAUCAAAUGAGUUCGAAUCCGGUGGCUUCAAUUGGAAAAUGAUCAUUUAUCCUGAUGGAGAUGGAGAUGGAGCAGGCCAUAUAUCUGUAUACUUGGCCAUUAUUGGGAAAAGUUCCCUACAUGCUGUUUGGGAGGUGAAUGUCUCAUUUAGCUUCUUGAUAUUCGAUCAAAUUCACAACAACUAUAAUGUAAUGAAAGGAAUGGAGAGGCAUUUUCGCAAUAUCAAGACUGAAUGGGGCUUUUCGAAAUGUAUCUCUCAUAAAACAUUCAAAGAUCCCUGUAAUGGGUACCUUGUUAAUGACAAAUGUGUCGUUGGAGUUGACGUAUAUGUCAUCAAGAACCAGGGAAUAGGUGAAUGUAUGUCCUUAUUGAAAGGCACCAAGGUUUAUAAGCACAACUGGAAGAUUACUAAGUUCACAAAAUUGAAGAAAAAAGUGUACUAUUCUGAAGAGUUUAUUGUUGAUGGUUAUAAAUGGAAACUUUCGUUAUAUCCUACAGGUGACAACCGACAAAAUGGUAAGAACAUCUCCGUCUUUCUUGAAUCAGUUGAUGCUAAAGGAUUUAAUCGCCAAAAAAGAGUCCAGGCAAAAUUUAGCAUUUCUCUCAAAAACCAGAUUGGUGGUGAACAUCACAACAAGAGUGGUAGUUCAAAUUGGUAUUCAGCUGCUACAAAGGGUUGGGGCUGGUCAUCAUUUAUGCCAUGUUGUGAAUUCAAUGAUCCUAAAAAGGGCUUUCUUAUUGAAGACUGUUGCAUUUUGGAAGCUGAUGUUUCUGUUGUUGGUGUUGUUAAUUCUUUAACUUAAAAAUCUUUGGAUUAAGACUUUAAUGGGCUAGAAUUCUUGAACUAUGUUCUUUAAUUUUGCUUCAUACAUCUCUCUGUUUCCUUUGGCUACACUGAAUUGAGAUCUUGCCAUUUAAACUUUGAUCAUUUUACUGGUGCCAUUAAUUGAUUUGUUGACUUGUUUAAGCUGUGCAACAUAUACUAUGAGUUCAGCCAAAGCACUUGAUCUUAUGAGGUGAUCGGGCAGUCACAGCCCAAAGAGAGUGUUAUGCUCUGCGCGAUCACCUCUAGCUCGUGCAUAAGUGCUGCAUGCCUGUCUUCCUUGUGAGAAAUAUCACUGACCUGUCUAGCCCGUCUUGCGCGAUUGCACCAAAACUGUAUGAUAGUGCAGGCCUUUCCUUCUUGUGAAC